CGACAUCGUACGUAGAACAACGCCACCGAAAUUGUUGUCAGAGAGAUUUUACUGCAUGGAGAUCGUACGGGAAGCUGUAAUAUUCUAAAGCAUGGACUCGCCACCCGCAUUAGAGACUGUUUAUCAGGCAGUCUACUCGUUGUACAACAAUCCGGAUACGUUGGAAAAGGAAAAGGCAUCACUAUGGUUGGGCGUAUUACAAAGAUCGGUAUAUGCAUGGAAGGUGGCAGACGAAAUGCUCCAGCAAAAGAGAGACCUAGAGUCGUGUUACUUCGCUGCACAGACUAUGCGUACAAAAAUUCAAUUGUCCUUUCAUGAGUUGCCAACUGAAGCUCAUGCAUCACUGAGAGACUCUUUAAUGGAGCACAUAUCUCAAAUCAACGAACACACUAAUACUGUUAUCGUUACACAGCUAUGUGUAGCUUUAGCAGACCUCACGCUACAAAUGUCCUCCUGGCAAAAACCAGUAGUAGAUUUAAUAAAUAGGUUUGGUAGUAAUACAUCCAGUUUGUGGCCGUUGCUUGAAGUUAUGAUCGUUCUUCCAGAAGAAGUUAACGCUCGAUCUCUCAGAUUAGGAGCCAAUAGGCGGCAACAAAUUUUAAUGGACUUGACCGCGAGUGCAGAAACAGUUAUGGAGUUCCUGAAAAUGUGUUUGAAAAAUGGCGGAGACAAUGUACAAAUUCACAUACGAAUACUCCGUUGUUUUACAAGUUGGACAAUUGUACAUGCAAUUUCCCUCCAGGCUGUCCCCUCCAGUGAUAUUGUAGCUUACGCCUUUCAGGUACUAGGCAAUCAUAUGGCUAGUUCGCAACUACACGAAGCUGCGACUGAUUGCGUCUGCAUUAUACUACAAGCUCUUGAACAAGAGAGCAGUUGCAACCGUGGUCAAAACACUGAAUUAGAGGCGCAACUUCAACAGCUUCAAUUGUGCCUCUUUACAAGUGUCACAACCCUCGAACAACCGUAUCAUUUAUCAGUGGCACAUGAAGACAUGGAUAAGUCUAUGAACUACUGUCGGAUAUUUACUGAGCUUGCGGAAACUUUCCUGGAAACUAUGGUCCUUGGUAGCGUGGGUGGUAAACAACAUUAUGCUAUUAAAAUACUUGAUCUUGUUCUCAUGUGCGUUGGUCAUCACGACUAUGAGGUGGCGGAAAUAACCUUCAAUCUAUGGUAUCGUUUAUCAGAAGUUCUAUAUCAAAGGAACAGCGACGACCUCAAUUCUGUUUUUAAACCUCACAUAGAGAGACUUAUCGCAGCUUUGUGCAGGCACUGUCAAAUGGAGCCUGAUCAACUGGGACUUGUCGAAGAGGGUGGUGGUGGAGAAGAAUUUGCAGACUUUCGAGGAAGAGUGUCAGAAUUAAUCAAGGACGUAGUAUUUGUUGUUGGUAGUAGUCACUGUUUCCGCCAAAUGUUCUCGACCUUGACUGGUGGUCCUGGACCACAGGGACAACCAGCGCAUCCACCUACUUGGGAUUCGACCGAAGCUGCACUUUUUGUUAUGCAGGCAGUCGCAAAAAAUAUUCUACCCAGGGAAGAAAAUGACGUAGUACCGAAGGUGGUUGAAGCCAUUUUGAAUCUACCUGAAAAUGCCCAUAUAGCAGUACGGCAUACGAGUGUUCUUUUACUUGGGGAAUUGUGCGAAUGGAUCGAAAAGCAUCCACAGUCUUUAGAACCAGUACUAAAUUUUCUACUAGCAUGUCUCAACCAAAGAGGAUUAGGAAAUGCAGCUUCCCGUGCUCUACAAAGUAUCUGCGCGGCUUGUCCGUUACAUAUGGCUGCCCACUUCCAAGGUCUUUUACAAAUAGCACGUUCCUUGGAUAAUUUUGCCAUCAGUAACGACGCAGCUAUAGUGCUGCUAAAAGGAGUGGCCAGUACUCUGGCUAGAUUGCCAAAAGAUGAGAUCGCACCAGCGAUGAAGGAGCUGUGCUGGUUCCAGGCGAGACCUUUGUGUGAACUCAUGGAGUCCCGAGGAAUUCCUAUAGAGAGAGGCACCAAGACUGAUCCCAUGAUUUGGCUAGACAGGCUUGCAGCUAUAUUCAGACAUACAAAUCCUCGAAUUGAGAAUCCUAAUGAACCUCAUCCAUGUCAAAGUGUCAUCACUGAGAUGUGGCCAGUACUAUCCAAUGCAUGUAACACUUACCAACACGACACAAGACUCAUGGAAAGAUGCUGUCGAUGCUUGAGGUUUGCAGUUCGCUGUGUAGGAAAACAUUCAGCUCACCUCUUAGAACCUCUUGUAAAACAGAUUGUGGAGCUUUACGCAGCCCAUCAACACAGUUGUUUCCUGUACCUCGGUUCCAUCUUGGUAGAUGAGUACGCAAGUGAUAUAGACUGUGUCCCAGGCUUAUUGGGGAUGUUGGAAGCUUUCAUCGGUCCUACUUUCACAAUUCUUCAGCAUCCUGAUGGUCUUAAAAAUCAUCCAGACACAGUGGAUGAUCUGUUUCGUUUGUGCGCAAGAUUUUUACAAAGAGCACCAGUUGCAUUUCUACAUUCUGCCGCCCUUGGCAGUAUCGUCGAGUGCGCUCUCCUUGCCUGCAGCUUGGAUCACAGAGAUGCCAAUGCCUCCGUCAUGAAAUUCUUCUACGAUUUACUUCACAGCGGUUGUAAGCACGAGAACCGAUCGGACUUUGCGAUAAGACGACAACUGGUGCAAGAAAUAGUGAGAAAGGAAGGACAAUCCUUAGUCGCCAGGUUACUACACGCUUCUGUAUUUUCUUUACACUCUUAUAUGCUCUCUGACGUAGCUGACGUUAUCGUCGAAUUAAUAUCCUUCGACAGAGAGCUUGUAUCAAAAGGGCUGGAAGAAGCCAUCAAAGCAAUGCCUACACAAAAUGUCGUAGGUGCACCCACAGCUACUCCUGACCAACUAUUAGAAUUUCACAAUACAGUCACAAGAGCGGAUUCCUCAAAAACGGUAAGCCACGCACUUCGCAAUUUCGCUCGUCUGUUUCGUUGACGCGUCUGCGCUCACCGUUGGGAUGAUAAGAUGAAAUAAACAUAUAAAUACAAAACGAUGUCCGCGAGUUACGGGCAACGAAGCUCUACCAAAACUCUCUUCGAAGCCAUCACUAUGAAUUAUAUAGUGGGUUGGGAUGUCGAUGAUAACACUGUACGAAUGAAGAGUCAGCGUUGUACAUAUAUAUGUAAUUCGCAACGUUAAGCACCGUAAGAAGGAUGAUGAUGAUGAUAACGAUGAUGUUAAUGAGGACGACGACGAUGAUGACAACGUUGUCCUUAGCCGUACAUCUCGUACGCAAAGUAUACUCGUGUGGAUAUUUCGAAAUGACAGAAAAGACAAACUCGAUAAUUCGCUGUACUGGCAGUGUAAAAUAUUUCAUGCGAUUAUCGCAGGUAAACUUUCCUCCUUUUUUUUUGUUCUUUCACAACAUUUCCACCUUUUUUCUUAAUUCGAUCAUUAAUCAUUUUUUCCCCCCCUUUUUAUUAUUUACCUACGAGUACAACUUCUUCUUUUGCGCAUGCGCAACGCCGAGGUUUCGAUCGCGUCUCUCGGUUGUGCAAUCUUAAUCUAAGAACAAUUGUUUCAUGAAAAUCGAGGAAAAAGAAAUGACUAAGGAAAUAGACUUUCGCGACUAUUUCAAUUUGCUGAACGUCGCUCGAGUCAUUGAGGUUCAAGAAGUUAUGCGCUGCACCAUUGAGUCGCGUCCCUUUAUAAGUUACGACAUUAUUAAUUCGUAUGACUCUCGUGAUAUGAUCGCUAAUGACUUUUUAAUAACUGACUUAUUAAUAUCAAGGUAGACUCCAUAUUUCGUGUUUUACCUAUCAUUCUGUUAGGUAUCACCUAGUCACGAGUCUGAUGUAUAGCAAUUUAUUUAAUCAUGUCGAUCCAGUCCACCGAGAUGUGCUUUGCGAACGACGAGUAGUUAAUUAGCGGCUAAUCAAGGGUUGAUUUGAUGAACACGUGCUCGAGUGAUCAUCAUGCUUUACGAAGAAGCUGUGAAAAACAACAAGCAAGAUAAAAUACUGUGUGUUGUGAGGAAGUUGAGAAAUUCUCCAUGAAAAUUUUAUAUUAUUUUCUAUGCUCUGUCAAUGUAUUACGUACGAUCCGCGCAUGUAUUAUAUACGUGAUAGUAUAAUUCUAUUUUUUUUUCUUUUUUAAAAUAUUUUUACGGAUGAAAUCGUCGACCUAGGGAACUAGGAUAAUCUCUUGAUUAUGAGACGUAUUGGGCGAUUGCUCAAUUAAACGCGAGAUACAGGACGAGCUUCAUAGUUACAGAAUUUAGUGAAAUUGGGAUUAUAAGAUUUUAAAGUUAUUUUUACAUAAAUACUUUAUAUAUGGUAAAGUAUUUAAACUGUCCAUUCGGUAUCUCGUAUAAAUUUCAUAAGCUUUGUUUUUCGUCUUAACUUUUCCGCGGAUUGUUACCGUACGAUUGUAGAUCGAUGAGUAAUCGAGAUGACAUAGCAAGCAUUAUUAAUUAUCAUCAUAACGAUUUAAAAAAAAAAAAAGUAAAGGUAAUCGCAGCAAAUUCAAUGGCGUUUUCAAGUCUGUGAAUGUCGUCAUGUUUAGCAUUUACGCUGGGAACUACUUGUCGUUUUCUUUUGUAAUAACGCAUCAUCGACAAACUUCAAAUAAAGUGAUAUUUUUUAACUAUCCAAGGUAGAACCACGAGAUAUGUCGUUAACGAGUCAAUAAAUGAAUCAGUCAAUAAAGGCGAAAAGCGAAAUA